GUACUCUUUUGUUUAUAUAGAGAAACUUUUUGACUUGGCACUUGUCUGUUAAAAGUCCUUUUUUAUUUUCUCCUGUCAAGUUUGAGUCUUUCAAAUGAGUCAGUACAGAAUGCUGCUUACUUCCUUACCUCAUAGGGUCUGACAUGCAUUUAGGCAACCAAUCUUGAAACACAGACCUUUUCAGUUAGUAAAAUAAGAGAGGCUGUUCCAGAAUAAACUCUUUUCUUUUUUUCUUUUUUUUUUUAAAAAAAAAGAUACACACCACUUCGGUCUAUUAGGAAAUAAACCACUGGCACACUUCACAAAAGCACACGUGGCUGAGGGGGAAAAAAAAACAGAAUGGAAGCACGAACUAGAAUACAUAGCACAUAGAGCAAACACAUGCACCUAAUUUCACAUCUAAUAUUCCAUGUUGGCAACUAAAGAUACAGUUGCCAAACUUAACAAAUCCACUUGCUGAUAUUGAGGACCCCCAUGAGUUGAGAGAGUACUAGGGGACUUUCCAUCCGUUUUUUCUGCAGAAUUUAAACUUUUUUUUUAAAUGUUGAUCUUCCAGCUAAAAAACUUUCUGAAUGUGAACUGAUACCAUGGUUUUCCUGAGUGUGCAUAACAAAUUGAAAUAAUAGAAACUGCCUAAGGCCCCAAAAAACCUGGCUCUAGCUCCGUCUAAGCAGCCAGGUUGUGUGAUGAAGAGUUCCUCUGGGUGUGGAAAAAAAAUUCUUAGGUCUCUUUGUAGCAUUGGAACUCUUCCAUUAAUGUUACUCUGGCCCUAGGACUGUCUCUGUCCCACUUGUGGCGCACAGUUUGUGGAUAGAGUAGCUGGUGGAUCCAUGUAGUAGUUGAUAAAGCAGUCAGGCACUCACGUACCAGCUUCAUAUGGUAUGUUGAAUACCAUUGUGGAACUGGGUUUGAUUAAACUCGGUAUGUGUGUUGGGAGGUAAGGGGGUGUUCAACCACUAUAUAGACUUCCCAGAUCUUGUAUGGUGAAAUUACACUGAUUUGGCUAUUUGAGGGCUCUUCUAUGGAGAAAAAAAGCAUGAUUUGUCCUUAAUAUGUGUGAACUACUACUUUUAAUCUCAAGGAUUAACAAUGGGAUUGCAAAUGCCAAAGCCACUUUCUUUAUCUUAAAUUACCAUGAGUCUUCAACCCUUGCCCUGCUGGACACACCAAACUCUGGCUGCACUUCAGGCACUUGAGGCAAGUGGACUAAAGUCUGUGGCUAGUGACAGGAUGAUUUGUCAAGAGUUGUAAUUGUAUUUCUAUAUUAGUAAUCUCUGGGAAAUCCUAUGCAUUGUAUUCUGAAUAAAUUAUUUUAAUUCUGAAACCUUUUUUGGGGAUUCAGCAUAGCAUUACAUUUAAGAGGGCAAAAUUCAAUGUGGAUUCUUUGCAUUGUUUCCUGCCUGGUGGUGACUUUACAGACUCAUCUUCACCGUAGUGGCUUUGUUCGUAGAUAACUUCAUAGAAUACAAUUCGGGGAAUGGUUCUAAUUGAUAAAAGUACUAUGUAGACUAUCUGCUUUAUCGUCGUCUAGUGCCACUGUGCACACGUAAGUUAAAAUAUUUUGUCUAAUAAAGGAGUUUUCCUUUAUUUUAGUGUAGUCAUAGAUUUGCAUAUGCUUGUUUGUAUAUGGAACCAGUCUGGGAUAGUUCUGAAAGACAAUAUGUAUUUCCGAUUAUCUAAUUCUAUAGCAGUAAAGGUAAAGAGGAAAUAGUGUUGAACAGUCCACUUAAUUUACAUAAUCUAGUCUUGUUCUUUAAAAGACAUUGUAGAAUAUGGUGCUCCACUAAAAUGGUAACAAGCAUAGUUUAAAUAUCUAGGAUCAGUGUGCUAUCCAACAAUAUAAAUGAAGAAAAAUUGAUAGUAAAACUGUGAUGCAAAUAUGAAUGCAUUAUGCAUUGGUAUUUAUGAAAAUCAUCAAUCUCAAAACAACAACUUGUCACACUCUAGGACACAAAAUUUGAAAGAAAAAUUAUAUGCCACUUUGGCAUUUUAAAUUAGCCUACAUUACUAAGGCAAUUAUCCUAUGUCCACGCUGCAGUUCACGGUGUGAUUGCAGCACACCAUACCUGUAUUAUCUUUACCCAUGCUAGUACAGAUAAAAUUGGCAGUGUAGAUGGAGUGGCACAAGCUUCAGAGCAGGCUAGCAAAGUGAGUAUGUACCUAUUUUUAGUUGUUUUGUCUAUCUGUACUGCAAUCACACCUUGAAUUGCUGUGUAGACGUAACCUUGAUUACAGGCUAAACCUUGGUCAGCAAAUCGAUUAAAUUCUGUUGGUGUUGCCUCUUUAGCACCCACAUCUAAACUGACAGUCCUCAGAUAACUUCUGGAGAAACACUUGAGUUUUGUUGAAACAAGCAAAAAUCCACUGAUUUAACUCUCUCUCUUCCUACUCCCAUUCUCUGCCUAUUUUAUUCCUUUGCACAUUGUUUACUUCCUUCAUUUUUCUUUAACUUGGGAAAUUCAUUUAGUAGACCAGCACAGCAUCCAUCUUUUGUGUUAUUACCCCCAUUUUCCUGGCUAGGCAUUCCAUGCCUUCUUUUCUUUCCAUUAAGGGAUCAUUCAUUUCCUUUUGUUUCCUCUCUGUUCUUUGUGACUCCACAUAUUUGGAAGAAAAAAACGCUCAUAUGGUUGAACUGUUUGUUCCCCUGCACAGAUUUCUAAAGAAUGCCUGCCCUGCUCUGAGUUCUGCGCUCUAUUUAUUGUAUAUGGCUAUGGUGUAGUUUUCUUCCUUUUUAUUUUGGAAGCCUAGUUCUACAUUAGUAACAUGCCAUUACUUGAUUUAAAAUGUUUAGUAGCAUCUUGCUUAACUUGUUAUUUCAGCAGGUUUAGUCAUCAGUUAAAAUUCAUGGGACAGGCAAACAGGUGUAUCUGGUAGGAUGACACAUGUGGAAAUGCUUGGUCUUGAAUAUUGCUAUUAAAACCUGUGGUAAUAUCUGUAGUGAUCCUUGAUGAACUUUAUGUAUUUUCUCCUACAUAACAAGAGAUCCUUACAUAGAUUUCUUCUGAAAACUUAAGUUAAAACCUUUUCCCAAAAUCUAAAUUAGGUGUUCCGUGAAAGGGAACUAGGCAUCACUGAGUACAUCUACAGAGCAUGUGGCCGUGAGCCUCAUAGCCUGGGUCAACAGGCCUGCUCUUUAUAUUUUAAAAAAAAAAAUGCUGUAUAGGAAACUCUCCAUAGGCCUCAGAGCCGGAACCACAAAUUCAUAGCACUGUCUCUGCAGCUAUUUGUAGAGUGCAGGGAUGAUCCUUAUAAGCUCCUUGUAAGCAAGUAGUUAUUAAGUGAGGUGAAACUUGAGGGGUACACAAGACAAAUCAGACUCCUGAAAGGGGUACAGUAGUCUGGAAAGGUUGAGAGCCACUGCUUUAGUCCAGGCUUUAGAAAAAUAACCUUAAAUUACAUUAAAAGAAUAUUAAGGUUACAAAGCCAAGCAUUCGAAAAUUAGGAAAUAUGAGAAUUAAAUGUUGCUUAUGUACUCUUACUUUGUCUCCCUGUGUGUAUGUAUUAUGAUAGUCUUUAAUUGUGUAGUAAUGUGCUAUUUUUAUAGAGCUCUGCCUCAUUCAAUGCAUAGGAUGGAACAGGCUCCAUGGAUGAAUCAGGCUUAUAUAGUGAAGGCAGUUGUCUGUAGGACACCUACCUUAUUUGUUGAGAAUUUAGAAAGUGUGUAGUGAGUGAGAUUACAGCGAGAGAAUGGUCCCAUGACUAAGGGAAUUAAAUGCUACCCCAGAGAAAUAGAUUCUAUCCCUAUAUUUGCCACAGAGUUUCCAUGUAAGGUGGAAAAUCACUUAAAAGCAAGUUUUUAUAGUAGAGCAAUAUGCAUGUGUUCUUUACUUUCUAGGUGCCCAGUAUGAGACACUGGAGCCAGAUUUUCAGAAAUGCUGGGUGUUCACAGCUGCAACUGGUCAAUGGGAGUAGUGCUUUGAACAUAUAUAGCACCGUAAAAAUGCAAAGUAUUCUGAAAAGUCAGGUCCGAGGUGUCUCAAGCUGAGCACCCAAAAUUAGUGGACACUUUACUGUUUCAGUUUUAAUCUCUGUGCCUCAGUUUGUCCUCUGUAAAAUGUGGAUAAUACCAUCUAAUCUCACAAUGGCAUUAAGAAAAAUUCAUUGUUUGUGAACCUCCCAAAUACUUUGGUGAGAGCAUCACAGAAAUAUUCAUGAAGAAAUUAAUAAUCUUGUAUUCAUGCAGAAUUUGGAUGGUGUGUCCUCCACUUGUUGAAUGUGGAGGAAAAAAUAAAUAGUGAAUACCUCUCUUCAUUGAGUCAGGGUCCUGUGGAAAAAUAGUAUGUAAUUAAAGACUACCAUAAUACAUAUGCACAAGGAGGCAAAUUAAGGUUGUACAUGAAACCUUAAUUCUGGCACUUCCUAACUUUUAAGUGUUCGUCUUUUCGGUUUUUAAAUGUAAAAUAAUGAAUGGUGCAGAGCAUAGAUUCUGACUCCAUGGGUGCUCUGGGGCUGGAGCACCCAUGGGGAAAAAUUAGUGGCUGCUCUGCACCAACCAGCAGCCAAGCUCCCCUCACCCCCUGCCCCACCUCCUCCCCUGAGCACACCGUGUCCCUGCUUCUCUGCUUACCUCCCAGCUGUUUGGUGACACUUGGGACUUUCCAGGAGGGAGGGGGAGGAGCGGGGAUAUGUCAUGCUCAGGGGAGGAGGCGGAGAAGGGGCAGGGACUUGGGGAAAGGGGGUGGGGUGAGCGGCAGGGGGGUGUCGGGCACCUACUGAGAACAGUGGAAGUCAGCGCCUAUGGUGCAGAGAACGUUGGGAGUGUAUGUUCUUCCUGUGUCAUCAUAACACAAGACCAAGAGGCUAUUCAGUGAAACGGAACAUAGCAAAUUCCAAAAUUUUUAACAUAAUUAGGUUUGGUAACUCAUUGCCACAGGAUGUUAAAGCCAAGGAUUUAGCAAAACUCAGAGAGAUUGAACAUUGCUUUGUGUAACAAGAAUAUCCAGAGUUUUCAUAGUUAAUGCUAAUAAAAAGAGUAUUGGAACUGAAAUAAAACCUCACAUUUCAGGUUUUGGGUGAUCUCAGUUAGAGAUUAGGAUGAGACCUCCAUGGGGGUGCGGGGGGCAGAUUAUCCCAGGUCUGCCUGCUUUGUGGUCUCUUCCACCUUCCUCUGCAGCAUCUGGUUCUAGCUACUGAUGGAGACAGGAUACUGACCUAGAUGGGUCAGAGAUCUGAUCCAGUAUAGCAGUUUUACUUUGAAUUUCAGUACAAACUGUUUUUAAAUCUCAGAUUUGGGGGAUUAUAAAAAUGUAUUGUCAAUUAUGAUCCACUUUCUAAAUAAAUAUCUGUUGUUCUUGUUUAGUUUUUAGAAAAAAGUUUUAGAAAUGGGGUGGCGUUCAGAUGUCAGAGAGGUCUUACUCACAUAUGGCUCUAUUUCAGAUGAGGUAGACGGCUGUUCUCUUCUGAGAACAAGACCAAUCGAGGUGAUGGGAAGGAUUCUGUAUGGUACCCAUCUGUGUGCUUCUCAUAUUGAGACUCUCAGAUAAAUCAUGCUUGGGACCUAACUCAGUGACUUUAGCAUCUAACAGUUUCCUGAAGUCAGUGCUUGUCUUCUUUUCUUAUGGGAUUAGGACACAAGGAGAUGAGAGAAACUUUCCAAGUAUAUGAACAAGGUGACUCUGACAAUUAACUUUUAUUUUGUUUAUAUUAUUCUGCACUACUAAUAGGAAAUUAUGUCAAAUUAAGAAACAAGCUGACAAUGUUUGGUUAUGUGAAAAACUUUAGCAGUUUGUCUAGUAGUUUUACAGAAGAUGCUUUACCCUUGACUGAUGUCCCAUCUCUGAAUCUGGAGCUGUGCCAGACAAAAGGUACUAACUAUUGUGUAGCUAUUAAAAAAAAAAUCUUAGAAAAGGCAUAUUUAAAUAUAAUAGCAGCAACUGAAGCAUCUUGAACACAUUUGCUGCUGUUUUUCCAAAGUUUCUUAAAUAUUUGUUUUUCAGUUCCCACUCAAAUACCUGUUUCCUUUGUAGAUAUUUAAGUCUUUGAAUCCCUGAUCCAGGUCUUCAUUUCCCUCUUUUCUAUGCAUUGAAGGAUGCAUGUUUUUCAUUCUGCUGUUAUUUAUAGAGGCACUAGUUGCAUAUACUUUGUGCUUAGACUCUUAACACAGUACAAAUGAGUGUGUUCACAGUACUUGGUUUGUUCUUCUCACUAGAACCCCUCUUCCUUUCUAUUUUCCUCAGUCCUAUAAUCAAAUAAACUAGUCUAAGCAGCAGUUGUGAUCCUUUAACAUUUAAAUUCUUUCUGAAUGUUAUCUGGUGAAUUUUAGAAAUCUUUACACCUUUCCAGUUCUGUGUUGUUCUGGGGAAGGUAGAUACUUACAAAGAAAGACGUUUUGCUAAAAAAAGAUAUGCUCCAGGGAGGAUAUGUUGUUUGAGUAUUGGAGGUGCAUUUUUGUACAGACCACAUAGUGCUGCUUUCCCUCCCUUACCCUGCCUCCUUCACUAAAUCUCAGUUCAGGUUGUGUACUACAAUCAGAAUAUGCUGGUUUCAUUACAUUUCUCACUCAGAAUCUUGCAGAGGGAUCUACAUGAGAAGUCAAGAAUGAAGGGAAUAGCAGAGGAGAAUAAUUAGAAUGCUCCCAUAAGCCUCUCUUCUAAGGUGGAACGUUACUUUUGUUAAAUACAGACAAGAUAAGGAAACAAUAGGAGACCCAGAACUACAGGAAACAAGAUUUAGAAUUUCCAUUUCCUGAGAUUGUCUAGCUUUCCAGGACAAUGUCCUUUGGUGUGUUCUGACAUGUUAAAGAUUUUGGCUGCAUUUGUUUUCAACUUGUACCUUCUCAGUGGCCACUUCUUCCUGCUAGCUCUGUAAUCUCUGCAUGUGUAGGAAGAAGAUAGUGCUAUAAGGCUAGUAGGUGGCUAUAUAGGUGGGGGAGCACCCUUAUUCAAGCCUGAAGUCUCCAGGGGUGGAAGGGCCCCUUAUUUGACUUUUUUUUUUUUUAAUAGUAAGUUCAGUGAAAUAAAAAAUCUAUAGAGCUCAUGUAAUAUUAAUGAUGCUGGAGUACCAGCAAUAAAAUCACUCACUUUGACCCUAGGCACCCCUGUAUUUGCACCCUAAACACAGAGUGCAAUAAUAUUUGUACAAAGUAUGUGUUGAGGUAUCAUAUGAAAGCUUAGACUCUUGUUAUUAGUAUAACUGUAAACUGCAUGUGUAAACGUUAUAUGUGAAGUUAUGAAUUCUCUUUGAUGUUACUAGAACACGUUUAAAACCAGACAGCCUCGCCUAGAUGAAGACAAUAAACAGGUCUGUCCUAAACAAAGGAGUGUUUCCAUAAUAGCAGUAAACAAAGCUGUCGAACUGAACCAUUGGGAGUUACCCUGAUCCUGAACUUGAAAGAUUGAGAAUUAUCAAGGUUCGUGCACCCCAGAGAGAGACAGGAGACUGAAUCUCCAGCAGGCCUUUCUGACUUGUAAGACAAAGACAUUCCCUUUGGGGAUAUAAGGAAUGGAGAGAGACUCCAUCUUUAUCUUUCACCUUAGGAGACAAAGAAACCAAGCAAUUUGAUCUCUGUGAUGGGUCCUGGCUAGGCCUGCUAGUAAGGAGAUUGUUGGAUGAAGAAUCCAUCUUGAACAAAGACUGUAUCUUGUAUAAGUUUUAGAUUUUUAGAUGUUCUCACGUAUUUGCUUGUAAACAUCUCUUUCUUCAUCUCCCUGACUUGGUAUCAUUUAAUCCAUUCUAUUUUGUAAAUAAACAUGUUGGCUUUUAUUGUUGUCCCGUGUUGGUGUCCCUAGCCUCUGUUUGCCAGAAGCUGGGAACGGGCAACGGGAUGAAUCACUUGGUGAUUACCUGUUCUGUUCGUUCCCUCUGAAGCACUUGGCAUUGGCCACUGUCGGAAAUAGUAGGCUAAAUGGACCUUUGAUCUGACCCAGUAUGGCCGUUCUUAUGUUCAUUAUAAAUCAGUGCUGUGCAAGUUCAUUGAAGUGUGUGCUUCCAGAAAGCUAACAGGUUGGAAUGUUUUUCUGUUUCUGUAAAUGCUGCAACCCUAACCCUUCUCUGUGAAAGCCCAAUGAGAGGGACUGGUCCCGCAGUAGGACAGUUUUGGGGCUGGAAGAGUACUAAGGUCAGCAUGCAAGAAGUAUCCAGGUUGGGCAAAGUCAGGGGGAGGCAUGUGGGCUGCUGGUAGGCUGUUGGGUCAGAGCUCUGGACCAAAGCUGCACUGCCACAAGACAGCCAGGAUUACAAGGCAGAUGGUGACCUGAACCCCAAACCAUCACACUCACUGCCUCCAGAUUCUUUUACCUGAAGGGAUGGGGGGAAAAGGUGGGGAAGAGUGUAUUCAGUCAUGGCUCCCAACGUCAUGUGGUCUCUGCACACUUGCAUAUUUGCUUAACAGUAGGUUCUACACUGCAUGAUAACUCAACUUGUUUAAUAAGUUUCACAUACAUCUGUGGUUAUGGACAAGUGUAAUUCAUUUGUAAUUUUAUACUGACCAAAUAGGUUGGUUUUUUUUUUUCUUUCUUCCAGUGUGAUUCCUCUUAAUGAGUCUACUCCCGGCAUCCCUAUUAAUCAAUAAGAUGAUUAGGAUAUGUUUGUUUAUCUGGAAGAUAUUUCAGAUAUAUGCUUUGACUUGUUUUCUUGUACUGAAUUUUCAGUAUAACUAUUUAAUUUUUUUUCAGCUUAUGUUGAGUAUGAGUCUUGUUAUGAUUAGCGAGAAUGUAAAACUGGCCCGUGAAUAUGCAUUGCUGGGAAACUAUGAUUCUGCAAUGGUCUACUACCAAGGAGUACUUGACCAAAUGAAUAAAUACCUCUACUCUGUCAAAGAUACAUAUCUGCAACAGAAAUGGCAACAGGUUUGGCAGGAGAUAAGCGUGGAAGCUAAGCAUGUGAAGGAUAUAAUGAAAACACUGGAAAGCUUUAAAUUAGAUUGCAGUCCCUUGAAAGCAGCACAGCAAGAAUUACCAGCUCGUGAUGGAGAAGUGUGGUCCUUGCCUGUGCCAGCUGAACGUAGACCUUCUCCAGGAGCCAGAAAACGUCAGUCUGUUCAGUGCAAUGAUUGCAGAGGUCAAAAUAACCGUAUAAGUGCAGCCGUCAGAGGCCCUCACCGGCCCGCCUCUCGAAAUCCUAAUGAUAAAGGGAAAGCAGUCCGUGGCCGAGAAAGGAAGGAUCAGCAGAAUAAAGGAAGAGAGGAAAAGAACAAGUCGUCAUCUGAUGUUUCAGAAUCUGAGCCAAAGAAGUUUGAUGGUGCUGGGUAUGAUAAAGACUUAGUAGAGGCUUUGGAAAAAGAUAUAAUUUCUCAAAAUCCCAAUGUUCGAUGGGAUGAUAUAGCUGACUUAGUUGACGCCAAAAAAUUGCUCAAAGAAGCUGUAGUCUUACCAAUGUGGAUGCCAGAAUUCUUUAAGGGAAUUAGAAGACCGUGGAAGGGUGUGCUGAUGGUUGGUCCACCUGGUACUGGAAAGACUCUCCUUGCAAAAGCUGUAGCUACUGAAUGCAAAACAACAUUUUUCAACAUCUCUUCAUCAACACUUACUUCAAAAUACAGAGGAGAAUCUGAGAAACUUGUCCGCCUGCUGUUUGAAAUGGCUCGAUUUUAUGCACCAACAACUAUAUUUAUUGAUGAGAUAGACUCUAUCUGUAGUCGCAGAGGAACCUCGGAGGAGCAUGAAGCCAGUCGACGGGUAAAAGCAGAACUACUGGUUCAGAUGGAUGGUGUUGGAGGGGCUGCUGAAAAUGAUGAUCCUUCCAAAAUGGUUAUGGUACUUGCUGCUACUAAUUUUCCGUGGGAUAUUGAUGAGGCCCUAAGACGACGACUAGAAAAGAGAAUUUAUAUUCCUUUACCAUCAGCAAAAGGCAGAGAAGAACUCUUACGGAUAAACCUGCGAGAGUUGGAACUGGCUGACGACGUUGACCUUGCAAAUAUAGCUGAAAAAAUGGAAGGUUAUUCUGGUGCAGACAUUACCAAUGUAUGCAGGGAUGCAUCACUGAUGGCUAUGAGAAGGCGUAUUGAAGGCUUGACACCAGAAGAAAUCCGAAAUCUUUCCAGGGAUGAAAUGCAUAUGCCUACAACUAUGGAGGAUUUUGAAAUGGCUUUAAGAAAGGUUUCUAAAUCGGUAUCUGCUGCGGACAUUGAAAAAUAUGAAAAAUGGAUUGUUGAAUUUGGAUCAUGCUAAGUCUUCCUAACCAAGCUUCCCCUGGGAAACCUGUCUUAAAACAGCUUCAGAAGUAACAAAAGGUAGUGUUCAUGUGCACUAAGUGCUAUUUUUUUAACUUUCUUGAACUUAAGAGCAACAUGAUUCUGAAUAAAGUAAUUUUUUAAAUUGCA